UUAGUCAUUGCGCGAACGGUCACACUCGCCAUUACAAUUGCUUUAAGAAAUCGACGAGCGUUGUUGGCGAAAAAAACAAUAAAUUUAGUUAAUAUUUCGCUGUUCAAAUAAUAAAAACAAAAUGCCGGACUAUCUGGGAGAUGAUCAACGCAAGGUGAAGCAUGAAGAGAAGGGCGAGGACAAAGAAAUCAAGUCUCUCGACGAAGGCGACAUCGAGCUUCUGAAGACUUAUGGCCAAAGUCAAUAUCACAAGUCCAUAAAAAGUAUCGAGGAGGACAUACAAAAGGCUGUUAAACAGGUCAACGAGCUGACGGGCAUUAAGGAGAGCGACACAGGUCUGGCACCGCCCGCUCUGUGGGAUCUGGCUGCCGAUAAGCAAAUCCUGCAGAACGAGCAACCGCUGCAGGUAGCGCGUUGCACAAAGAUUAUCAAUGCAGACUCCGAUGAUCCCAAGUACAUCAUCAACGUGAAGCAGUUUGCAAAGUUUGUGGUGGACCUUGCCGAUUCCGUGGCACCGACGGAUAUUGAGGAGGGCAUGCGUGUGGGCGUCGAUCGCAACAAGUACCAAAUCCACAUUCCUUUGCCACCCAAAAUUGAUCCCACGGUGACUAUGAUGCAGGUGGAGGAUAAACCAGAUGUCACCUACAGCGAUGUCGGCGGCUGCAAGGAACAGAUUGAGAAGUUGCGUGAGGUCGUCGAGACGCCCCUCCUGCAUCCCGAGAAGUUCGUCAAUCUGGGUAUUGAGCCACCUAAGGGUGUGCUGCUCUUCGGUCCUCCUGGCACGGGCAAAACGUUGUGCGCUCGUGCCGUGGCCAAUCGUACAGAUGCCUGCUUUAUUCGUGUCAUCGGCUCGGAGCUUGUGCAGAAGUAUGUGGGCGAGGGAGCGCGCAUGGUUCGUGAACUGUUCGAGAUGGCGCGCUCCAAGAAGGCGUGUCUCAUUUUCUUCGAUGAAAUCGAUGCCAUUGGCGGCGCACGUUUCGAUGAUGGCGCUGGAGGCGACAAUGAAGUGCAGCGUACAAUGUUGGAGUUGAUUAAUCAACUGGAUGGCUUCGAUCCCCGAGGUAAUAUCAAGGUUUUGAUGGCCACCAAUCGCCCCGACACGCUGGACCCUGCGCUUAUGCGUCCUGGACGUUUGGAUCGUAAAGUGGAAUUCGGACUGCCCGAUCAGGAUGGACGCUCGCACAUCUUCAAGAUCCACGCUCGCUCGAUGUCCGUAGAGCGUGACAUUCGCUUCGAUCUGUUGGCGCGUCUCUGUCCCAAUUCGACUGGUGCCGAGAUUCGUUCGGUGUGCACGGAAGCUGGCAUGUUUGCCAUUCGCGCCCGUCGCAAGGUGGCUACUGAGAAGGAUUUCCUGGAGGCUGUCAACAAGGUUAUCAAGAGCUAUGCCAAGUUCAGCGCCACUCCUCGCUAUAUGACCUACAAUUAAGUUAUGAUUUAUACGCCUUUUUCAUCCAUGCAACGGGCUUUGGCCUAAUCUGUAACAUCUUCUGGAGCCUGAGCAUUUAAGUAAAAUAAAAUAAACGAUAUACAAUAAACAAUAUAAAUAUCUGUUUAUGCUGAGUCAAUACGUCAA